AUGGCGUCCGGGACAUUAUACACUUACCCGGAAAAUUUCCGUGCUUAUAAAGUUUUAAUCGCAGCUAAAUAUUCCGGGGCUCACGUGAAAGUAGCUCCUGAUUUUGUGUUCGGUGAAACUAAUAAGUCGAAGAAUUUUUUGGAUAAAUUUCCUCUUGGAAAGGUUCCUGCCUUUGAAUCAAGCGAUGGAAAGCUUUUUUUAACCGAGAGCAAUGCUAUUGCUUAUCAUGUAGCUGAUAAAAAAUUGAAAGGAUCAACUCCAUUGGAUGAAGCAUUGAUUCUUCAAUGGUUGAGCUUUGCCGAUUCGGAAAUUUUACCCGCUUCAUGCGCUUGGGUGUUUCCAGUUUUGGGUAUUCUACCAGUCAACAAGCAGGCUACAGAAAGGGCUAAGGAAGAUGUAAAAGCUGCAUUGAAGACUUUGAACAGUCAUCUUUUACACAAUACUUACCUUGUCGGAGAAAGGAUAACUUUAGCCGAUAUUUGUGUGGCUUGCACAUUGCUUCAUCUUUAUCAAAAUGUGUUGGAUCCAAACUUUAGAAAGCCUUUUCAAAAUGUAAACAGGUGGUUUACGACAAUUGUGAAUCAGACUCAAGUCAAAUCGGUUCUAGGAAAUGUAAAGUUAUGCGAAAAACCAACCGAGGCCGAUCCCAAGAAAUAUGCUGAACUUCAAGGCCUUUCUAAAGGCAAAGAAGGAGGAAAGGAAAAAAAGAAGGAAACUAAAAAGGAGCCCACUCCUAAAAAGCAAGCGGAAGAAGAAAAGGAUGCUACAGACGUGGCAUUAGCCGAAGAACCUAAAUCGAAGGAUCCUUUCGAGGGUAUUCCAAAAGGAUCAUUCGACAUGGAUGAUUUCAAGAGAUGUUACUCCAACGAAGAUGUAGAUAAAUCAAUUCCGUACUUUUGGGAAAAAUUCGAUCCAGAACAUUAUUCAAUCUGGUUUGCAGAAUAUAAAUAUCCGGAAGAACUUAAAAAAGUUUUUAUGAGUUGUAAUUUAAUAACCGGAAUGUUUCAAAGGCUUGAAAAAAUGCGAAAGAAUGCCUUUGCUUCUGUUUGUUUAUUCGGUGCCGAUAAUGACAGUACUAUAUCCGGUGUUUGGGUUUGGAGAGGACAUAAUUUAGCUUUUGAACUUACUCCCGAUUGGCAAGUCGAUUACGAAUCUUACGAUUGGAAAAAGUUGGAUCCGAAAGAUCCAAAAACAAAACAACUCGUUGAGCAAUAUUUGAGUUGGGUCGGAACAGAUAAAAAGGGUAGAAAAUUCAAUCAAGGAAAAAUAUUCAAAUAA